AUGAAAAUCAUACUAGCAGGAUCAACAGGCCUUGUAGGCCGCGAAGUCCUUGAGCUGUGUCUCGCCUGCGAAUCUAUCACAUCCAUCGUUGCUCUCUCCCGCCGCGAGUUGCCUGCCUCGGUCACGCAAAACCCCAAGCUGAAAGUCGUCAUUUUGGACGAUUUCCUCUCUUACACGGAUCCUGUCUUGCAAGAAAUCAACGGUGCAGAUGCCUGUAUAUGGACGUUAGGCAAAACGCCCACGACCGACAGCGAAGCCGCACGCAAAGUCUGUCUCGACUAUACACUCGCUGCUGUGGCGGCCUUUGAAAAGGUUGCAGAAAAUAAUAAAGAUGGAAAUGGAAAUGAGACUUUGCCUACGAAGAAAAUCCGCUUCGUAUACUGUAGCGGAGCCGCCGCAGAACGAGACCAAACAAAAUCUCUUUGGUUCAUUCAGGAAUAUCGACGAAUCCGAGUGCGUUUAUGCUUGCUAUAUGGUAUUUUGAAUGUCUAUGCUAAUAGUCAGCAGGGUCAGGUAGAAAAUGAACUGCUGGCGCACGCCGCAGCGCAUCCGGAUAGCUUCGAACUCUACAUUCUACGGCCUGGAAUGGUGUUGGGGAAGGAAAUGACACUGAAAGACAGGCUGGUUCAAGGGUUGGCUCCGUCUGUGAAAGUAGACGUACUGGCUGGGUUGAUGCUGGAUGUAGCUUUAAAGGGGGGAAGCCAGGAUAUUUUUGAAAAUUCCGCGAUCAACGAGCUGGGAAGGGGUUCUAAUUGA